AUGCCGAUGCCACGGUGUUUAAUGCCGUAUCAAACGUUGGUUAACUAUUCAUUUCUCGUUUCUCUGAUGAUUCUCUGUAAACAUGUAGUUUCUUCUCCUUCAAUUACUUCAUUCCGAAGACAUUGGUUAAGACGGAACCUUAUUCAAUGCGAACCAAUUGCCAUUAGUCUGUGUCAAGACCUGCCUUAUAAUCUGACUGGGUUUCCGAAUCUCCUUAAUGAUCACAACCAACACGCAGCCAGUAUCGGGUUACACGAAUUCUUGCUGUUGAUCGAGUCGCGGUGUUCUCCCUACAGUCGAUUCUUCCUUUGUCUUCUUUAUACACCUGUCUGUAAUGAGGAAUACAGCCUCAUCCUACCUCCUUGUCGAAAAGUCUGUAAACGUGUCCAAGAAGACUGCGAAGACCUGAUGAAUUCUUUCGGUUUCAAAUGGCCGGAAUUUUUUAGCUCUCCCUGCAUCGGCAUGUUCUUCACAGAAUCCCAGGUACAAUUCGCUCGACUCUUUAACGGCAUUCUCUCGUCUUUCGCCCUCGUACCCUCUGUACUCACCACUUUCACAUUCAUCGUCAAUAUUCAACGUUUCCAAUACCCACAACGGGUUGUUGUAUUCCAAUCUUUUUGCUAUUCGCUCGCUACUCUCGGCUACUAUUUAGCUUUCUCCUUCCGGGACAUGGUGGCAUGUGUUGAUAUGGCCCCUGCAUCGUGUCCCAAUCAAACAUGUCAACUUGUGUCUUUAGUCAGACAAGGAACAACAAACGGAACCUGUACCGUCAGCUUUAUUAUAAUUUAUUUCUUCAGUAUGGCUGCGUCCGUUUGGUCUGUAAUCUUUGCUUUGGUAUGGUUCUUAGCUGCUACGAAGAAAUGGUGCUCGGAAGCAAUCGAAGCGCAAUAUCUGUAUUACCAUUCCAUAUCAUGGGGUCUCCCCAUUGUGCCGACGUCUGUUUUAUUAAGCUAUGGUUAUAUCGACGGAGAUGUUCUCGCUGGCGUUUGUCAAACGGGUCUCUUUAACACGACCGUCCUUGUCACAUCCCGGCUACUACCGCAUACUCUAUGUUUUCUCGUCAGCCUUGUAUUUCUACUCCCUGCUUUUAUAUCACUGAUUCGAAUCUCAAAGACCAAUGGACGAACAAGGAAUUUGUUGCGAAAGUUCGGACUCUUCUCCGUUGUCUCUGCCACUUGUGUUUCGAUUACCAUCAGCUGUUUAUUCUACGAGUCCCUAUACAAGGACCAGUGGUUGAGUACUUGGUACUCCCGUAUCUCCAACAGUACUGAACAGGACACUUUGCCUUCCCCUGCUCAUCCUGACCAUCCCCACCGUCAACAACCCUCUUUCGUUGUGUUUCUACUAAAAUAUACCGUUUUAUAUAUCCACGCCAUUCUUCCUGGCACGUUUUUAGCCAACUCCAAAACUCUUCUUCCCUGUAUGGGAGUAUGUCUUGAUAGAGCGCUGCCUUAA